UGAGACGCCGAUUGAUAUUUUACUUCAUCAAAAGCAUCAAAACAACAAAAUACAAAUUAUUAUACAAAGUAGUUCUCAACAAACCUCUUUAACAAUUCCUACUCACUACCGACGAACACGACCUCAAAACUUUAACAGAUAUAUUAAAGAUGCAUGCAAUGCUGAAGUUGACCUUGACCUUGAAUUAUAUGAUAAAAGAGAUAUCCUAUCUCUUGUAAGUGUUGUCAUUGAUACUGCAAAAACAAAUAGACAACGACUCUUUGU